AGCCUAAAACGUUUUUGUCGCGCGAUAAUAGAGUUUUUUCAACUCAGUAUUUGAGAGCGCCAACAAGUAGUGAUAUUGCUAGACUUCUAUAUAUUGGUGAACAACAUGGAUUUCCGGGGAUGUUGGGCAGUUUAGGUUGUAUGCAUUGGAAAUGGCAAAAUUGUCCUACCGGGUGGAGUAGUUCACGUUCAGGUCGUAGUGGAAAUCCUACGAUUAUUCUUGAAGCUAUAGCGGAUUAUGAUCUUUGGAUAUGGCAUGCUUAUUUUGGAUUCCCUAACACCAGCAACGAUGUUGAUGUGAAUGUGUCAGCUUCAUCUAAUCUUUUAUAUAAUCUCACUCAAGGUAUUGCUCCUAUAGCUCAUUAUGUUAUUCAAGGAAAAGAAUACAAUAUGGGUUAUUACUUAGCUGACAGUAUAUAUCCGAAAUGGUCUACGAUUGUGCAAACAAUUGAAGAGCCUCGUUAUCCAAAGACGGAAUAUUUUGCAAUGAAACAAGAAGCAUGCAAAAAAGAUUUAGAACGCGCUAUUGGUGUUCUUCAGGCACGUUUUACAAUUGUGGUAGGACCUGUGCGUGAUUGGGAUAAAGAAGCAUUGCGUGACAUAAUGAUUACAUGUAUAAUUUUGCACAACAUGAUAGUUGAAGAUGAGCGCGAUUUUACUUCUCCAAUUGAAGUUGCUAGAGAGGCGCCAAAACCAGAAGUUGAGAUGGCAACCAAUCAAGAUGCUCGGUUUCAAGAGUACUUGUCUUGGUAUGAAGCGAUAAGAACUAAAAAUGCUCAUCUAGAACUCCAAAAUGCUUUAGUUGAUCAUUUAUGGGAACGCUCUAGUUGAUCAUUUAUGGGAACAACGUUCAGAUUUCAAAUCUUAGAUUUAGCUAUCUUACGUGUUAGUGGAAUAUCUUAUGUAAUAGUGGCACGUUUAAUGUUUUUCAGCUAUUUAGAUUGUUCAGUUUAGUGGAAGUUUGUUUUGAAAUCGUAAAUUUUAGCUAUUGUAUGUAUGUUGUAAAAUAAUGUAAUUGAGGCAUGGUUAAUGUUUUUCAGUUAUUUAGAUUGUUCAAUUUAGUGGACGAAUGUUUUUGAAUUUUCUGUAUGUAUAGUCUAUAGAUGCAAAUUUGAAGCAGUACUCGUAAAAAAAUGUCAUGAAGGUUGUGGCAACACAUUGCAGGAUGAGAUAAACAUAUCUUCACAGUUUAUUAGAAAUAAUUAAAAUGCCAUGAGUUAAAAAGUACAGGAUUGUGUAAUAGUAAUUAUAAAGGAAUUGGAAUCGAUAUAGAUACAGAAUAGAAAUUUAUACCUAAUUUACGGGUUGAAAUUAUCUGUAUAAUUAAAUACAUUCUGUCAAUAUAUAUAAUAAUCACAAACAAGCUUAACAAUCUACUACA